UUGUUUGUUUUUCUUGCAAGAAUCGAGGCCUACUUAACUGAUCUCCCCCAUCAAUUUUCCUCCUCUUCCCUCUGCCCGUCUCUCCCUUUUGUUUGUCUCGGGCUCUGCCUCUCCUCCCAGUUCAUCUUUUUUCUUUAUCCCCUCAACCCCCAUACCCAAAAGUCGUCCUUCAAUCGGAGAGGAAGAAAAAGAAGAAGAAGAAGAAGAAGAAGAGGGGAUCAAUCGAUUUACAGACCCACUAUUUCUACACCUCUCUUUGUUACCAUGGUUGAAACCAGGCGUAGUUCUUUCUCCAAACGUUCUCUGUCUUCACCCCAUGGCUCCCCCCCUCCCUCGGGCACCCCCAAUUCCAAAAGAUCUAAGGUUAUUGAGGCGUCAUCGUCUACCGAAGACGUUCAGAGCGCACCGCCUGAUGAACCUUUGAUCCCGGUUGGGGAAUCUGGGGUUGAACCUGUAGACCCAGCCAUACAAUCAGCUGAUCCGUUCGAUACUGAUUCGCUGAAGGUCAACAACGUAUGUGAUGAGGCGGUUCCCGAGAAUUCGCAUGAUCUUCAGGCAGAAGGCGAGGCGAUGAUGACGCCGCAACCUUUAGGUGACGUUGCUGCCGACGCAGAGAAAUCUAAGGCGGUUGUGGCUACCAUGCUGAAUCGCACGAAGAAGCGUACCAUGAGGAUGACAAAGCCGAAUUCGAAGCCUGCAUGGGGAAAACUUCUUUCUCAGUGCUCUCAGAAUCCGCACUUAGCCAUUUGUGGUACUUUGUUCACGGUUGGUCAAAGUCGUCAGUGUAAUUUAUGGCUUAAAGAUCCGUCUGUUAGUACGACAUUGUGUAAGCUGAGGCACAUCAAGCGUGGCGCCGUUUCUGUUGCUUCACUGGAAAUCACGGGAGGCAAAGGUGCUGUUAUUGUAAAUGGCAAGAUUUAUCAAAAGAAUUCAAGUGUAACUUUAUGUGGAGGUGAUGAGGUCGUCUUCACUUCCUCUGGAAAACAUGCUUAUAUAUUUCAGCAGCUCACUAAUGAUGAUUUUGCUGUUUCUGGCCUGCCUUCUGUUAAUAUUUUAGAAGCUCAUAGUGCACCUGUUAAGGGGAUGCAUUUUGAAGGAAGGUCUGGGGAUGCCUCAGCUGUUACUGGUGCAUCCAUAUUGGCUUCGUUUUCAAAUAUUCAGAAAGAUUUGUCUCUGCUUUCCCCACCCGCUAAAUCCAAUGAGGACGUGGAGCUACCUUCUGGUUGUGGAGUGUCAGAUGAUCAGAAUCCAGACAUUAACUUGAAAGAUGGUACUAUUAAUAAUAAUGAUCUAAAUGGUGAUGCUUCCAUGGACAAAACUAUGGAUCCAAUUCCUGAUUCUGCCACUGAAAGCCCCAGUCUUGAUAGGCUUGGAUUAGAUGCUUGUAUUGAUGCAGAAAUUGGGGAGGUCCCUGGGGCAACUCAUGAAUUACGGCCACUUUUACAAAUGUUAGCGAGUUCGGCAUCUCCCGACUUUAAUUUAAGUGGCAGCAUUUCCAAAAUCCUUGAUGAGCAAAGGGAUAUUGGGAAUCUCUUUAAAGAUUUUAACCCUCCUGCUAUUUUGAUGUCAACUCGACGUCAAGCAUUUAAAGAAAGAUUACAACAAGGAAUUCUUAUACCUGAUAAUAUUGAUGUUUCUUUCGAGAGUUUCCCAUAUUAUUUAAGUGAUACCACAAAAAAUGUUCUGACUGCGUCGAUGUUCAUUCACUUGAAGUGUAAUAAAUUUGUAAAGCAUGCCUCAGACCUUCCUAUAUUGAGCCCACGUAUACUGUUGUCUGGACCUGCAGGUUCAGAAAUAUACCAGGAAACUUUGACUAAGGCACUAGCCCGGCAUUUUGGAGCUAGAUUAUUGAUUGUGGAUUCUCUUCUGUUGCCUGGUGGACCAACACCCAAGGAUGCUGAUCUUGUAAAAGAGAAUUCGAGGCCUGAAAGAGCAUCUGUUUUUGCCAAAAGAGCUGUGCAGGCAGCUGCCGCUGCCGCUGCUGCUGCUGCGUCUGCUUCUCAGAACAAGAAACCAACAUCCAGUGUUGAGGCUGAUAUUGCUGGUGGAUCUACAAUUAGUUCCCAGGCUUUGCCAAAACAGGAAGCAUCCACGGCUUCAUCGAAGACCACUGCUUUUAAGACAGGUGACAAAGUUAAAUUUGUGGGUACCUUAUCAUCCACUCUUUCACCAUCUCUUCAAAGUUGUCCUCUCAGGGGACCAUCUUAUGGUUGUCGGGGGAAAGUUGUUCUUGCUUUUGAAGAGAAUGGGUCCUCAAAAAUUGGGGUGAGAUUUGACAAAUCAAUCCCAGAUGGUAACGAUCUAGGUGGCCUUUGUGAAGAAGAUCAUGGCUUCUUUUGUUCUGCUAAUCAUCUUCUUCGCUUGGAUGGUCCUGGAGGUGAUGAUACCGAUAAGCUUGCUAUUGAUGAAGUUUUUGAGGUUGUCUCCAAUGAGAGUAAAAACAGUCCGCUGAUAUUGUUUGUCAAAGACAUAGAAAAGGCAAUGGUGGGGCACUCAGAUGCUUACUCUAUCCUAAAGGGCAGGCUUGAAAAUUUGCCAGGAAACGUUGUUGUUAUUGGCUCCCACACCCAUAUGGAUAAUCGAAAAGAGAAGUCUCAUCCUGGUGGUCUCCUAUUUACCAAGUUUGGAAGCAACCAAACAGCUUUACUUGAUCUUGCUUUUCCGGAUAAUUUUGGAAGAUUGCAUGAUAGGAACAAAGAAACUCCAAAGGCAACAAAACAACUUAGUCGACUCUUCCCCAACAAAGUAACCAUAUUACUCCCUCAGGAUGAGGCCUUACUUUCAGAAUGGAAGCAACAAUUAGAACGUGAUACUGAAACUCUAAAAACACAGGCAAACAUUGUCAGCAUCCGCUUGGUUCUCAGUCGAAUUGGUUUGGUUUGCCCUAAACUUGAAACUCUCUGCAUUAAAGAUCAAGCACUUACACCUGAAAGCGUUGAGAAAGUUGUAGGCUGGGCUUUGAGUCAUCAUUUCAUGCAUUGCACUGAAGUGUUGGUUAAGGAUUCUAAACUCGUCAUUUCUACAGAAAGCAUUGAGUAUGGGUUGAACAUUUUACAUGGUCUGCAGAGUGAGAGCAAAAGCUUGAAGAAAUCACUCAAGGAUGUGGUUACUGAGAAUGAAUUUGAAAAGAAACUUCUUGCUGAUGUUAUUCCACCGGGUGAUAUUGGUGUUACAUUUGAAGACAUUGGUGCUUUAGAAAAUGUGAAGGACACAUUGAAAGAAUUGGUGAUGCUUCCUCUACAGAGGCCUGAAUUGUUUUGCAAAGGGCAGUUAACAAAGCCAUGCAAGGGAAUUUUACUUUUCGGUCCCCCUGGCACUGGAAAAACCAUGCUUGCAAAAGCUGUUGCAACCGAGGCUGGUGCGAACUUUAUCAACAUCUCCAUGUCAAGCAUUACUUCUAAGUGGUUUGGUGAGGGUGAAAAAUACGUCAAGGCAGUGUUUUCUCUAGCAAGUAAAAUUGCUCCAAGUGUUGUGUUUGUUGACGAGGUUGAUAGCAUGUUAGGAAGACGUGAGAAUCCAGGAGAACAUGAGGCUAUGCGUAAAAUGAAAAAUGAGUUUAUGGUCAAUUGGGAUGGGUUGCGGACAAAGGACAAAGAACGUGUACUGGUACUUGCUGCAACCAAUAGGCCUUUUGAUCUUGAUGAGGCUGUGAUUAGGAGACUUCCUCGAAGGUUGAUGGUUAACCUGCCAGAUGCCCCAAAUAGAGAAAAGAUUCUGAGAGUUAUACUGGCCAAAGAAGAAUUGGCCACUGACGUUGAUUUAGAAGCAAUUGCAAAUAUGACUGAUGGAUAUUCUGGAAGUGAUUUAAAGAAUUUGUGUGUAACUGCAGCACACUGUCCCAUUAGAGAAAUUUUGGACAAGGAGAAAAAGGAGAGAAUCUCUGCUUUGACGGAGAACAAACCUUUACCUGCACUAUAUAGCAGCACAGACGUUCGCCCUUUAAAAAUGGAGGACUUCAAAUUUGCACAUGAGCAGGUGUGUGCAAGCGUCUCGUCGGAGUCGACGAACAUGAAUGAGCUCCUCCAAUGGAACGACCUCUAUGGGGAAGGCGGGUCAAGGAAAAAGAUGUCUCUGAGCUACUUCAUGUAGAGGUGAUUGUAUCUUUGUAUAGAGUUUCCUGCCCUUUUCCCGUUCAUUUCUUUUAUUGCCAAUUUCGUCUCUGCCCCCCUCAAAAAGAGUGCAAGAUCGGAGAUCGACUCGUAUGGAAAUCCAUUCUGACCCUCCUCCCCCCAUUCCGUUCAAUUCUCUAUUGUAUCAUAUAUAGUUUUUUCUUAUCCUCAUUUUUUUAAAAAAUUCUGUAUGCUUUUGUAGGAAUUUUACAAUUUCCUUAGGUAAUUUGACCAAAACCUUUGUCCCUUUCUUGCUCUCCCCCCUUCCCCCUCAUUUUGUCGCUCGCUCUUCUGGUUAAACUGGAAAAUUCAGUAUAUAUAUAACUAUAUCUUACUAAUUAAUGAAAGUAAUAAUUAUCAUUYUUGGUGCACAA